AUGGCUGGCUCUCAUGAUCAGCGAGUGUCGGAAUUUCGUCAACACGCUGUGAUUUUGAGGCGAAAAAAGAAGCUAUAUCAGGCUCUAGAGGGUUUGGAGAAAGGUUUGGUUCAUGGACCGGUCUCUGAGUCUGUUACGUAUGCUGUGUUGGCGUUCGCAAUCAUCGGUGUCUUUAUCUUCACCACGGAGACUGUGGUCUCAGCACUGAAAACGUUUAAGGGGAAGGAAAUAGACUUGUAUGUUGAUCUCUUAUCAGCUAUUGGGAUUUGGUGUGCAGAUCUGCCACAAAUUACACUGAACGUGUACGUUGCAGCAUGUCGAGAGGAGCUUGUAAGCAAUGUACAAAUUGCCAAAGGCGCAGUGAUUUUGGUAGCGGCUUGCAUUCGCUUCGUCAUAGUUCUUAUCCGCUGGAAGAGGUUAUCAGAUUCGGGAUGGGCGAAAAUCACAAAUGUCCCCUUCCUAAGAAUGUCCAACGAGGACGUGUUCGUUAGGUAUGAGAUUCUCGGAACGUCCGAGGACACAUGGCUAUUGUCUAAGGAGAUAACACAGAAACAAAAUGUGCUAGACAAAGAAUGUUAUAACCUAACUCUAUUAAACAACGACAGUUUUGUAGAAAGUCACGAACUUCUGGUUUCCACUUGCUUAAAUCUUCACACGUCAGAAAACACCACCGUCUUUGUCUUCCGAUUUCAUUUUAUUAAACCGAUUCACGGCUUUUUUAGCAAUUCUAAAAUCUUUGGUGACAUCUCAUUUAAUGUAAAGCCAGACAUCAUGGGGCCUAAUGUCACGUCGACUCGUGGGCAAAGGGAGCUAACCGAUAUUCCGGUCAAUCCAGUGCGUUAUUUCCGGUACUUUUCGAACUCGGGAAACGUUGUCCACCAGACGUCGCUGACUGACAUAAAGGACGUUUGGAGUACAGGCUACUACCAGUGUGAGAGUACAGGAAAUCUAUAUCCAACAAGGGACACCACCUUGAAAAUUGACAUUGGUGAUUUGUAGUUGUAGGUCAAGAGGCUCAGCACAUUGAAGUACAGCAUACUCGAUGGUGUAACUUCUCACUUCUCCACAAUGGCUGACGGAUCGAUUAUCAGUACAUAAUGACAGCAGUGAGGAACAAAAAACAAGGAUGAAAAUCUUGAUUAUCGGCAGCAGUUGCGUUCAUAGGCUGGAGAAUAGUAUCCUUCGAAAUUCGAUCCCAAACUCUAGAAUCGACUUUAGAACAGGCCAGGACAUUCGGUUCUUUGGCAUUGGGGGAGCUAGAGUUGAUAUUUUAGACUAUGUUGGUGCACUUAUAUCGAAAUUCCAAAUUCCAAGGAUCUACAUCAGCUUCUUUACCGUCAGGUAACUCGGCGAAUUUCAGUCCACAUUUAUAAUACAAAAAUCCAUGAAAUUAAAAAGAAGCUGACAAACAACCAAUUGGCCACCUUCUGGAGACAUAGGGGGCUGAUCCGACCACAAAAGCAAAUUCUAACCAACGACGGAGUGCACCUAAACACCCUAAGCCAGGAGCUGUUCUACCGGUCUGUGACACGUGCUGUCUGCGCCGCCAUGGGAGGCCACGAAUAAAAAUUGGAAAUAGAAAAGGAAAUCAAGUAAAGAAGAAAACAGGAAAAAAGCAAUAAGAAGACCCAUGCGACCAAACCAAACACCAAGGAUACGAAGACCAGAAAAAUGAAAGACAUCAUAACUAUCUCUUGCUUCAACUAAGUGGAUGAGGCCUGACAUCAUUGAUCUUCAGUUAUACUUGUCGCACCUGUUACAGGCAUUGUUAAACCCCAAUCCCUCACUCCAAGCGAGAAAAGUUCUUAAAAUUGUAAGAGUUCAUGUUUAACAGAUAUCUUCCAGCUCUGAACUGUUAUUGUUGGAUUUUCACAGCCCUUUUCCAGAAGAUGUGUAAGCCCUACUAAAAAAUAUCACCGGAAGAAAUUUUGUGAACUGAUUUAAAAAAUAAUUAACAAAAUUCUACUGAAAUGGGCACUUCUUAUUACAUUUGGCGAGUAUAAAAUAGUCUGUAAGGGCAGUUAUGUAACUAGAAGACUCUGUAUGUCACAUGUCUUCGUUUCUCAAAAGUAAUCGACACAUGCCAAGAAAUGCUUAAUAUACUGAAAAUAUUCCAUAUAGUGAAAAACUGGUAACAGUAAUUUGAACAAAAGCAAACAAAAAACAGCGGGCUACAAUGAACGAUGAGCUUGAAGCCCUUUUAUUGAGCAGUUAGAUACACAGGCAGAAGCAAUCGCAAUAACAACGACGAUAACUUAAUGACAACCUUGCGACCAUUUUCUCGAACCCAUCCUCUGUAGCUUUCCCUCAAGGCGAGAUAGGGUUUAGUGCCUUCUGGGGCCAUAAUUUAAACUUCUCAACGAAAAAGUAUAUUUGUGAUUUUGCCUUAUAUUUGAGAAUAACAGUGUGUGGGAAUACGGUGUUCCAGUUCGGAAUGGAGGGAUUCCUCUUAGUGUGCGUUUAGUUUCUCUAAACCAGACCGUCCUAACCUACCGGUACCCUACCAGUUUUCGGUCUGUCGAAAUACCUCUCACAUUCGUAUACAAGUGGACACUCAUGUAUUCAGUGUUUGCCAAUGAAUGCUCCUCUGCAUAAGGAAAGUAGUGUUCAGUAUGCCUUCUGUCUGAAUUUAAUUCCUCAAAAAGCUCUAUUGUUUGUACCACAUUUCUAAGAAAUUUUAAUUAAAUUUCUAAACUGAUGACGUCUGAUAAAUUUUAAAUAAAACCAUUGCAUUUUCGAGGUUAGUUAUGGCUGUUUUGCAAAGAUUUUCAAAGGGUCACGGUAAAAAAUUCGCCAUAGACGCUAAUGUAUGCCUUUAAUAUUGAAAUCGGGGCCCCAGCUUUUGAACUAGGAGCCCCAAUCUCCUAAACUCUGGGCAAUGACCUUUAAAGAUUACAUUUUUUGCCCUUUUACGCACUCUUUUAGACCCCACGUCUCGGGGUACCAAUAAACUUUAAUGGCGUCUGCAGUAUAACCUAGGUGCUAGGAGCAUCCAGGACCUAACCUGCCACUGGACCUUAGUCGGCUCUGUUUAACGGCUCUGCACUCUUUAUACUCGACGUAAAGCCCCAAGUAUAUAUACAUUCAUACACGUAUACACACCCUUUUAACCUCUUGUCCCGGUGGUCCAACUUUUAGUGGCUGUUCAAGAAUAAGUCUAUUGCAGCCUAUAGUCACGAAGCCUGGAGUGCUUUAGUAGAUUUUUAAAACAGUCUUUUUCUUUCAGCAUGUCACCUUCAUGCACGGCGCUAUAUUGUUCAAAUCCCAUCUAUCGGUGCUCGAAAAGAAAUAUUUCCUAUGACACUGUUGUACAUGUGUUACCCACGCCUGUUAUUCAUAUUCCAAUCUCAGCCGAUUGUUACGAAAGGUUUAUACCGAAGUAGGCCUACUCUUCACCCUUAGUGGGUUUAAGUAUCAUAUAGAAACUAUUCCAAUUGAUGUAAUUCUCAGUUUGACUGCAUUUCAGAAAAGUAAAAUAUAAAAGAUUUAAUCCUGGUGUUGAAAAAAGAGCAACGUGUCACAUUAAUAUUCUCCACUUUUCUUUUCAUUGAUAUGGUUAAUAGGCCUUCGACUUUGUGGUGACAUGUAAACCCUAAUAUAGAAUGAUUAUAGAAUAAGUCUUGAGACGAAAAGUACGUUAUGAUAAGGUCUUGUUCUUGAUACUCCUUGAAGCAAAUCACCUUUAAACUUAUUUCUGAUGUAAGAUCUAAGAUUUCUUCAUGAUGACGGGGCAUAGAAGUUUUUAAAAAAUACUUAAGUCAUAAUUACAAAAACUACGAAAUGUACGGCUGGAUGUUGACUGAUAGAUUCAUUAUUAAUGAUAUACACACAAACUUAUCUUCAUGAAAGUGUUUCAUAAUAUAACAUAAAUCAUGAACA